AUGCGCAACGUCGGUGUGAAGGCUAGCCAAAUCAUGGACUAUAUGGUAAAUCAAUCUGGGUCUUAUGAGAAUGUUGGUUUCAUCCAUACGGAUCUGCACAACCAUAUUCAAGCCGAACGUAGAGCAGAAGUUGAGGAUGGUGAUGCGCAGGGUGCGUUGGUUUACCUAUGCGCAAAACUUGAUGUUGAUGCACGUUUUUUUUACAAGUAUGAUGUGUGUAACGAUAACAAGUUACAGAAUCUAUUCUGGGUAGAUUCAAAAUCGCGGGCCGACUAUGCAAAGUUUGGUGAUGUGUUGAUAUUUGACUCAACUUACAGAACCAAUGCAUACAAGAAACCUUUUGUCAUGUUGGCUGGUGUGACUAGCCACUUUAGGACCACGAUAUCUGCAUGUGUUUUGCUAGCUAAUGAGACAAUUGAUACAUACACAUGGGUUUUGGAAACAUUUAUGGAGGCGAUGGGCAAUAAAACACCUAUAUCCGUACUGACAGAUAGGGAUAAGGCGAAGCGAGAGGCAAUCAGAAGAGUAUUUCCAAACGCAAGACAUCGAUUAUGUAAUUGGCAUAUUAGGAAAAAUGCUGUUUCAAAUGUUCCCAAAAGUGGCUUUGCACAUGCUUUCAAGCAGUGCAUGGACAUGGAAACGGAUGAGACAAAGUUUGAGCAUGACUGA